GAUGGAAGGCAAAUUAUCAUUGGUGGUCGUAAGGCUUUUAACUACGAGUUUUAUCCCAAGACUGCCUCAACCAACAACGUAUUUAACCUACCCUUUCUUCAGCAAACUAAUAAUCCUAGAGAAGAGAACAAUCUUUUUCCGUUUGUUUUUCUCAAUGUGGAUGGAAACCUAUUCAUUUUCGCCAAUGAUCGAGCUAUUUUAUUCGAUUACAAGACGAAUAAGGUGGUGAAAACGUACCCACAAAUACCUGGUGGUGACCCAAGAAAUUAUCCAAGUUCGGGUUCUGCAGUAAUACUUCCGUUAAAGAACUUGAGAUCACAAACGGUCCAAGCUGAGGUUCUAGUGUGCGGUGGAGCACCAAGAGGAUCAUACCCCAAAGCGGACAAAGGUGAAUUUUUGGGUGCAUUAAACACGUGCGGGCGAAUUACAAUUACCGACCCGAAUCCACAGUGGACCAUAGAGACAAUGCCACUAGCUCGAACAAUGGGUGACAUGGUGAUUUUACCAAAUGGAAAUGUCUUGAUCAUUAAUGGAGCGGCAUCGGGCACUGCUGGAUGGCAAAUUGCUAGGAACCCGGUCCUGAGUCCAGUGAUUUAUCGACCCGAUAACCCAUCCGAUUCUAGAUUCGAGGUACAAAACCCGAAUGUCAUACCUAGAAUGUACCACUCGACGGCAGUUUUACUUAGAGAUGGUCGGGUUCUUGUUGGUGGCAGUAACCCAAAUGAGCUUUACAACUUCACCGGAGUUCUUUUUCCAACGGAUUUAAGUUUGGAGGCAUUCUCACCAUCCUAUUUGGAUCCUGAAUCAGCUAAUUUGCGACCACGGAUCAUUUCUCCCGCUUCCCAUCUUAAAUUCACGUAUGGGCAACGUGUUGACAUUCGGUUUACUGCUUCCAGAUUACUAAACAGAGAUUUGGUCAAAGUGACGAUGGUUGCACCCGGAUUUAAUACACAUUCUUUUACUAUGAACCAAAGAAUGUUGGUACUUCCUAGAUCUGGAAUUGUAAGACAAGUUGGAAGAUUUGUGUAUCAAAUCAGUUGUGUCUUUCCAAAAUCGGCUAUAUUUGCACCACCUGGUUACUAUCUUCUAUUCGUGGUUCAUCAGGACAUCCCGAGCGAGGCAAUUUGGGUCAGGAUCCAGUAACCACAUGAUUUGACUCUACAAAUGUCUUUUUUUUUCCUUCAGAAUUUUCUU